CCGCGCGCGCCUCGAGGCCGAGUCAAGGUGUGAGAUGCACAAUGCGAAACCUAGGCCCAGCUUUUGCACCAUGAUGCACAGGGUUGUACUUUUUGUACUGAACUAAUAGGUGGCCUAGUGGUUAUACCCUGUACUACCAUUUUGAGGAUCUGGACUCCGUUUCCUGCCUUGCUCUUUGGACCACAUUGUCAAUUCACACCGAAACUAUGUUCCAACUUCCUGUCAACAAUCUUGGCAGUUUAAGAAAAGCCCGGAAAACUGUGAAAAAAAUACUUAGUGACAUUGGGUUGGAAUACUGUAAAGAACAUAUAGAAGAUUUUAAACAGUUUGAACCUAAUGACUUUUAUUUGAAAAACACUACAUGGGAGGAUGUAGGACUGUGGGACCCUUCACUUACAAAAAACCAGGACUAUCGGACAAAACCUUUUUGCUGCAGCGCUUGUCCAUUUUCCUCAAAAUUCUUCUCCGCCUACAAAAGUCAUUUCCGGAACGUCCAUAGUGAAGACUUUGAAAAUAGGAUUCUUCUUAAUUGCCCCUACUGUACCUUCAAUGCAGAUAAAAAGACUUUGGAAACACACAUUAAAAUAUUUCAUGCUCCAAAUGCCAGCGCACCAAGUAGCAGCCUCAGCACUUUCAAAGAGAAAAACAAAAAUGAUGGCCUUAAACCUAAGCAGGCUGACAGUAUAGAGCAAGCUGUUUAUUACUGUAAGAAGUGCACUUACCGAGAUCCUCUUUAUGAAAUAGUUAGGAAGCACAUAUACAGGGAACAUUUUCAACACGUGGCAGCACCUUACAUAGCAAAGGCAGGUGAAAAAUCACUCAACGGUGCAGUCCCCUUAGGCUCAAAUGCCCGGGAAGAGGGCAGUAUUCACUGCAAGCGAUGCCUUUUCAUGCCGAAGUCCUAUGAAGCUCUGGUACAACACGUUAUCGAAGACCACGAACGCAUAGGCUAUCAGGUCACUGCCAUGAUUGGGCACACAAAUGUGGUGGUUCCCCGAUCCAAACCCUUGAUGCUCAUUGCUCCCAAACCUCAAGAGAAGAAGGGCCUGGGGCUUCCACCUAGAAUUGGUUCCCUCACUUCCGGAAGUGUCCGGUCUUCACCAUCACAGCAGAUGAUGAAUCGACUCUCAAUACCAAAGCCUACCUUAAAUUCUGCAGGAGUCAACAUGAUGUCCAGUGUUCACCUACAGCAGAAUAACUAUGGUGUUAAGUCUGUAGGCCAGGGCUAUGGCGUUGGUCAGUCAAUGAGACUAGGUCUAGGUGGCAAUGCCCCAGUUUCCAUCCCUCAGCAGUCUCAGUCUGUAAAGCAGUUACUUCCCAGUGGAAAUGGAAGAUCUUAUGGGCUUGGGUCAGAGCAGAGGUCCCAGGCACCAGCACGAUACUCCCUUCAGUCUCCUAAUGCCUCUUCUCUCUCAUCAGGCCAGUUAAAGUCUCCUCCUCUCGCCCAGUCGCAGGCACCCAGAGUGGUAGGUCAGUGCAGUUCCAAGCCUCCUGCAGCUGCCACAGGCCCUCCCCCAGCCAAUACUUCCUCAACCCAAAAAUGGAAAAUAUGUACAAUCUGCAAUGAGCUAUUUCCUGAAAAUGUCUAUAGUGUACACUUUGAAAAAGAACACAAAGCUGAGAAGGUCCCUGCGGUAGCCAACUACAUUAUGAAAAUACACAAUUUCACUAGCAAAUGCCUCUACUGCAAUCGCUAUUUGCCCACAGAUACCCUGCUCAACCAUAUGUUAAUACACGGUCUGUCUUGUCCAUACUGUCGUUCAACUUUCAAUGAUGUAGAAAAGAUGGCAGCACACAUGCGAAUGGUUCACAUUGAUGAAGAGAUGGGACCUAAAACAGAUUCUACUUUGAGCUUUGAUUUGACAUUGCAGCAGGGUAGUCACACUAACAUCCAUCUCCUUGUAACUACAUACAACCUGAGAGAUGCCCCAGCUGAAUCUGUUGCUUACCAUGCCCAGAAUAAUCCUCCAGUCCCGCCAAAGCCACAGCCAAAAGUCCAGGAAAAGGCAGAUGUUCCUGUCAAAAGUUCACCUCAAGCUGCAGUGCCCUAUAAAAAAGAUGUUGGGAAGACCCUUUGCCCUCUUUGCUUUUCAAUCCUGAAAGGACCCAUAUCUGAUGCACUUGCACAUCAUUUACGAGAGAGACACCAAGUCAUUCAGACGGUUCAUCCGGUUGAGAAAAAGCUCACCUACAAAUGCAUCCAUUGCCUUGGUGUGUACACUAGCAACAUGACCGCCUCAACUAUCACACUGCAUCUAGUUCACUGCAGGGGUGUUGGAAAGACCCAAAAUGGCCAGGAUAAGACCAAUGCACCCUCUCGACUGAAUCAGUCUCCAGGCGUGGCACCCGUGAAGCGCACUUAUGAGCAAAUGGAGUUUCCCCUCCUGAAAAAGCGAAAGCUGGAUGAAGAUGUUGAUUCACCCGCUUUUUUCGAAGAGAAGCCUGAGGAGCCUGUUGUGUUAGCGUUAGACCCGAAGGGUCAUGAAGAUGAUUCCUAUGAAGCCAGGAAAAGCUUUCUAACAAAGUAUUUCAACAAACAGCCCUAUCCCACCAGGAGAGAGAUUGAGAAGCUGGCGGCCAGCUUAUGGUUGUGGAAGAGUGACAUUGCUUCCCAUUUUAGCAAUAAAAGGAAGAAGUGUGUCCGAGAUUGUGAAAAGUACAAGCCUGGUGUGUUACUGGGCUUUAAUAUGAAAGAAUUAAAUAAAGUCAAGCAUGAGAUGGAUUUUGAUGCUGAGUGGCUAUUUGAAAAUCAUGAUGAGAAAGAUUCCAGAGUCAAUGCUAGUAAAACUGCUGACAAAAAGCUCAGCCUUGGAAAGGAAGACGACAGUUCUUCAGACAGUUUUGAAAAUAUAGAAGAAGAGUCCAAUGGAAGUGGGAGCCCCUUUGACCCUGUUUUUGAAGUUGAACCUAAACUCCCUAAUGAAAACCCAGAGGAACACAUACCGAAGGUCAUUCCUGAGGAUGCUUUAGAAGCUGAGGAGAAGCUAGACCAAAAAGAGGAGAAUAGCUCAAAAUAUGAAACUCUUCAUUUGACUGAGGAACCAACCAAACUCACACGUGAUUCUUCCGACAGUGAAGUUGAGCAAGAUGAUGGUGUUGAGUGGAAGGACGGGCCCUCUCCAUCCGAGAGCGGGCCUGGUUCCCAACAAGUGUCAGACUUUGAGGACAACGCAUGCGAAAUGAAACCAGGCACCUGGUCCGACGAGUCUUCCCAGAGUGAAGACGCAAGGAGCAGUAAGCCAGCUGCCAAAAAAAAGGCUACCAUGCAAGGUGACAGAGAGCAGUUGAAGUGGAAGAAUAGUUCCUAUGGAAAAGUUGAAGGGUUUUGGUCCAAGGACCAGUCACAGUGGAAAAAUGCAUCCGAGAAUGAUGAGCGCUUGUCCACCCCACAGAUCGAGUGGCAGAAUAGCACAAUUGACAGUGAGGAUGGAGAGCAGUUUGACAACAUGACGGAUGGGGUAGCCGAGCCGAUGCAUGGCAGCUUAACCGGCGUCAAACUGAGCAGCCAGCAGGCCUAGGUGCCAAGGUGCCCUGCGUCAGUAACAUGCUGCUGCCUGGAACUCUGUCCUCCCUUCAUCUGACUGCAACGCCGUAUUCUAACUGGUACUGCCUUUUGAGUGCUGGGUCAUAAGGCUUGUGUGGACCUGUGGCCACUGCAAUCCCAGUGGGUAUUCUGAGUAUAUGACUCAUUGUUGGCUGAUACUGCUUCAGAUCCUGACAAGCACGGUGACUAAAUGUGAAAAACCAGUAAGCUGGUGGCUCACGAACGCACACGAGGAAAAGCAGAGGUUUAUUCUGUCUGCCUUUUCAACAUUUCUUUCCCUCUGUAAAUGUUUGGUUGGAUGUCUUUGAGAAGCGUGACCCUGAUUGACAUGGUAGGGUAGGGCCAGCGUACAAGCUACCAGUUCAAGAUGUAUAGUAGACUUGGGGGGAAAACCAAUUUUUUUUUUUUUUCAUUUAUUCAUUCUGAAUAGUUGAAAUGUAUAUUUGUACAGUCUUUUAGACCUAUUCAAGUGAUGCUUAUGAUACUGUUACUGUGUACCCUCCCAUAGGUUGGUUUCUUUUUUUAGUGUUGCCCUUGCUGUGUAAUAAACGCUGUAUCUAGUUUACCUAGCAGAAGCUUGCAACUACGCUAGUAUGGACUUUUGGACAGACUUAGUUUUUGCACAUAACCUUGUACAAUCUUGCAACAGAGGCCAGCCACAUAAAGUAUAUAUCUGGACUCUCUUGUAUUAUAGAAUUUUUCUUGUUCUGAAUAUCCUUGACAUUACAGCUGACAAAAAAACAAAACACACAAAAACUGGUAUUUCAGAUCUGUUUUCUGAAAUCUUUUAAGCUAAAGUCACAUGUGAGGAUUGACUUUGCAGCUACUAAUUUUGACACCUUUUCAAUCUGUAUAGAAGUGUGUUGUGUUAAAGCAGCAAACCAAUGAGUGCUGCAUUUUGGAUAUUUAGUUUUAUCUUUAGUUAAACACCACCUUGGUGGAUUCAUUUAUACCAUCUAAUAUAUGACACACUGUUGUAGUAUGUAUAAUUUUGUGAUCUUUAUUUCCCUUUGUAUUCAUUUUAAGCAUCUAAAUAAAUUGCUGUAUUGUGCUUAAUGUAAA